AGCCAGGCUCUGCUGGACCCCUGCAGGCAGAAUGAGCUGUUCCCUGUGCACGUGCCUGCGACAUUGUUUGCAUACCUCUGCCUCAGCAGUAACAUAACAUCAUAACAUCACUGUUGUCAUUUCCCGUCUGUGUCCUUUCCCUUGUCAGGCUGCGCACUUCGGGAGGGCAGGGCCUCUUGCGUGUCAUUGCUGUGCCAUCUGUACCUAAGUGUAGGGCCUGACCCAUGGUGGAUGCCUCACUCACUAAGUGAUCUGUGAGUUGUCAGGCACUGUGCUGGGAGUCAGAGGUGUGCCCCCCACCCCCAGGUUGGCGCUGUCCUCUCGUGUUCCGGCCCGAGGAUCUGAGCCUCAGAGUUGAAAUGACUUCCCUGUUACUUCACAGCUAGGAAGUGGCUAGCAUUAGGCAGAAACUUGAUCCAGAACAGAUGAGCAGCUGCACGUAUACCAGGAAGUGAACCAUGAACUGGGGUCACAACUGAAUAUGGGUCCAGCACUUGCCCCACCAGGGACCCUAAAGAAGCCUCGGGUUUUUCCUCACAUGAUUCGGCUGAAGUGAUCCAGUCUCGAGUAAACGACCAGGAGGGCCGAGAGGAAUUCUAUGUGCAUUAUGUGGGCUUUAACCGGCGACUGGAUGAGUGGGUAGACAAGAACCGACUGGCACUGACCAAGACGGUGAAGGAUGCCGUGCAGAAGAACUCGGAGAAGUACCUGAGCGAGCUGGCCGAGCAGCCGGAGCGCAAGAUCACACGCAACCAGAAGCGCAAGCACGACGAGAUCAACCAUGUGCAGAAGACAUACGCAGAGAUGGACCCCACCACAGCGGCCUUGGAGAAGGAGCACGAGGCGAUCACCAAGGUGAAGUACGUGGACAAGAUCCAUAUUGGAAACUACGAAAUUGAUGCCUGGUACUUCUCGCCGUUUCCGGAAGACUAUGGGAAACAGCCAAAGCUGUGGCUCUGCGAGUACUGCCUCAAGUACAUGAAGUAUGAGAAGAGCUACCGCUUCCACCUGGGCCAGUGCCAGUGGCGGCAGCCCCCAGGGAAGGAGAUCUAUCGCAAGAGCAACAUCUCCGUGUAUGAAGUGGAUGGCAAAGACCACAAGAUUUACUGUCAGAACCUGUGCCUGUUGGCCAAGCUUUUCCUGGACCACAAGACACUGUACUUUGAUGUGGAGCCCUUCGUCUUCUACAUCCUCACCGAGGUGGACAGGCAAGGGGCCCACAUUGUCGGCUACUUCUCUAAGGAGAAGGAGUCUCCAGAUGGAAACAACGUGGCCUGCAUCCUGACCCUGCCGCCUUACCAGCGCCGCGGCUAUGGGAAGUUCCUUAUUGCGUUCAGUUACGAGCUCUCUAAGCUGGAAAGCACCGUGGGCUCCCCAGAGAAGCCGCUCUCUGACCUGGGCAAACUCAGCUACCGCAGCUACUGGUCAUGGGUCUUGCUGGAGAUUCUGCGUGACUUCCGGGGCACAUUGUCCAUCAAGGACCUCAGCCAGAUGACCAGUAUCACCCAGAACGACAUCAUCAGUACCCUGCAGUCCCUCAAUAUGGUCAAGUACUGGAAGGGCCAGCACGUGAUCUGUGUCACACCCAAGCUGGUGGAGGAACACCUCAAAAGUGCCCAGUAUAAGAAACCUCCCAUCACAGUGGACUCAGUCUGCCUCAAGUGGGCGCCACCCAAACACAAACAAGUCAAACUCUCCAAGAAGUGAGCUGCCUGUGCCCUGCCGCGGGCCCAGCGCCUCAGAACCCCUGUAAAUAUGUACAGCUCCGUCCAGGACUUUGUGAAUAAAGUGAAUUCUGCUGGA